CUCGACCAUCCAGUCACUCACAAAGCGACAUAUUUUUCGUAUGAUCUUGGCCCUAUCCCAGCAUGGACAACUUCGCUAUAUUGCCGUGCAUGCUCUACACGCUUUCAUCCAAAUUACUACGUCCAUGAUACCGCGACAAUACGUACAUAUUACUCCUCAGAUGUACCUGAUGUUUUACACGUCGCACAGUACACAUUUCUCGACAGGAGGUUGUGCGAGCUCUUUACAAACCAGAUGGUAUUUGCGUGGACAUCAGCAACUAAUUGUGCACGAGUAUAUAACGCAACUAUGGCUCAAGAGAUUGAGCUUCUCAACUCAUUUCUCUUAGACGACCGGUCUUUCACCAUUGAACUCGACACUGAACGAGUUCUUGCUUCGUUUCUUCUCUAUUCGCUUUCAAAUGAUUUUGAGGACCGCAACGACAUUCUGGAACUGCCACAAAACAUCACCGGUACUCUUGAGCGCCUGCAAUGUGCUAUCCGUGAGCGAAACGUUCGCAUGGCCGGUCCAGGACAAGAGCAUUGGACCCAUCUGUGCGAUAUCUGCUCUUGGCAUACAACAAAUGAAGAUGGUCAGGAUUGUAUCGUGCGUUCUGUCGUCACAGAUGGGCUGACCAUUGGUCAUCCAUGUUGCGCGGUUCAUAACUGUCAACAGCCACUGCCAUCGGCCAAAGGCACUCGCUACUGUACUACACAUCAAGAAAGGGAGAAGAAGUGCGCCGUGGACGGCUGUGAUGCCCAGGCUGAACCUCGUCACAAAACAUGCUCGGAUCGUACUCACCGGAGUAUCGAAGAAUACCGAUACUUGGCCAUACAACAGCUGAAUUGGCUUGGUAGUGUUUCUACAUCCACGAAUCAAUCGGAAAACAUCACUGAGGUCGACAAGUCGACUGCCACGCAAAACAUCGCGUGCAUUGAGAAGCCCAAUGCCGGCAAUCGCACUCUCAGUGCUCAGUUUGGACGGCGUCGUACACAUAACGAGCAGCUCUGCGUGGCGUCAUGUGGCGUGAUCCGAGGGCGAGCAACAUUCUUUGGUGCGGAGGCGGUCAGCUCUGUCCUGGAAUUCUGGGACAUUUUGUUCCCGACAGACGAAUCCUUGCCAGAGGUUAUGUGGUACGACAGCAAUUGCCGUGUCUCAGCAACUCUGAACGCUAGUGCUAAGGACAAGCAGCAACGCUAUGCACGUAUAGCACUCCCCGUUGACGUUUUCCACUUUAAGUCCAAACAUAAGGUCACCGAUGAAUGGUGUGGGAGUCAUUGCAACCCCUACAUGUGGAAGGAGCUCCGCACUGACGAUGGCCGGAAUUGGCGAUUCAAUUCGUCAGCGGCAGAGCAAGCUAAUGUCUGGUUUGGUGGCUACCAGGCAGUCGUCCGCGAAAUGCAGGUCGACCGCUAUAAUUUCUUCCUAGAUGAAAUGAUCAAGCGUCGGAAUCGUGUAAUUGUUGCUGAGUUGAAAAAGAAGAGAGCAAAUCCUUAUAAUGUACCUCGACAUGUAUUGCUUGGUAGUUCUACCUAA